AUGUCCCCCCACCCGACUCCAGGCCGGCCCCCGAGGGCAGGGGACCUUCCCGGCCCCGCUCCCUCCCGGCCCCCGAGCGCCCUGACCCCUCCUCGCGCGCCGGCGCGCACGUCGCCUGCCCCGACUGCCAGGUCUUCCAGACGUCCGAGCCCUCCCGGGACAGCCGGGAACCCCAGCCCCGCAGGACUCCAGCGACAGGGCCCGGCCGCUGCAGGGGGCGGCCCCGGGGCCUCGAGGGAGCCCGGGGUCCCCGCCGCACCCACUCCGCGUCCCCCAGCCCCAGCCCUCCCCGCCGCGCCCUCAGCCCCGCUGCCCCCGCAGGCUGGCGCCGCCACCCCCGGGCCGCCCGCGGCGCCACUGCGAGUCCCGCCCCGCGGCCUGUGCGUGCGCAGCGCCCCCCGCGGCCGUGACGAGCGCAGGCGACGGCGCGCCCGGCCCGGCCCGGCCCCCUCCCCAGCCCGCGCGGCCGCCCCCGGGGCCGCCGGCGGUGUCCGCGCCUCCGCGCCGCCCCUGGUUUCCUCCGGGAGGCGGCGGCGGCGGCGGCGGCGAAGCCUCGUGCGCGCGGUUAUUUAUUUAUUUCCGGGCCCAGAGCGCUUAUAA